UUCAUCGUCUUCGUUGACCAAUAGUACUUCACCUCAAAUUAUUAUUUUUUUCGAAAAAGAUACAUUCUUGAAUUCUCCGACCUCUACGAGAAGCCCAGUUUGUGACUCAAACCAUACUCAUGCUAAGCAAGCACACACAAACACCCUCCUCUUAUUCUGGGGUCUUUUUGUAGUUUAGAGAAGUGGGCUUGUCUCAAAUUAUGGAGAAGCGUAUUGCUCUUUUGGUCGGGGUUUUGCUCUUGCAGCUUGUGAUUCAUUGUUCUGGUGCUGAUUUGAAGGUAGACGAUGGUGCAAAAACUGUAGUGGAUCCGAAUGUUACGGUAACAUCCAAGGGUUCAGAUAGUUCGGAUGAUAAGAAGGUCGUGUCGAAUCUGGUUUCAAAUGUUAAUGGAGUUAAGAAGGAUGGUGUUGGGAAUGGCAAGGAGAAGAGCGGUUCAGAUGGGGAAGUUGGGUCAACAGAAUCUCAUAGUGUGCCAAAGGUUAAGAAAGGAUCAAAUGAUGGGAAGAAUGGAAAGCCGAGUGAGAAAUCAAAGGCAAUGCCUAAGGAGGAGGUGGGUAAUGCCGGAAAUGUGAACCCGGUGAGAGAGGAUGGUACUACCCGUGAAGAAUGUGGUUCAGCUAAUAUGUGCACUAUUGAGGAGAACAAGCUGGUUGCGUGUUUGAGAGUUCCUGGAGAUGAUGAUUCUCCUCAUCUUUCACUUUUAAUUCAGAACAAGGGUAAAGACCCUCUUGUGGUUACCAUAUCAGCUCCUGAUUUUGUGCGGCUAGACAAAUCAGAAGUUCAACUGAAAGAGAAAGAUAAUGCAAAGGUGGAUGUUUCUGUUGGAAGUGGAGGAGCUACCAGUAUAAUUGUUCUAAAAGCAGGAAAUGGCAAUUGCAGCCUUGAUUUCAAGGAUCUAAUCACGCACAGUUCCAAGAAGGAGCCUGAUAAUUCUUCAAGUACCACCUACUUAUACCUCUGGACACACAGACCUGCCAUUGGGAUUCUAUUGGUUGCCUCGCUGAUGAUUUUGGUAUUGGCUGGGAUGUAUGUCCGAUUUAUGAAGAGGCGGGUUUCCAGCAGUGGCUUUAAAUAUCAGAAGCUAGAUGAUGUGCGCCUCCCAGUCUUGAGCAGCGAAAAGCCGGAGCUGCACAUUAAUGAUGGAUGGGACGACACUUGGGAUGAUAACUGGGAUGAUGAGGAGGCCCCCCAUACACCCUCGAUGCCGGUUACUCCUAGCCUCUCUGGCAAAGGCCUUGCCUCACGAAGGUUGAACAAGGAAGGGUGGAAAGAUUAGUUGGUUAGGUUGACUUGACUAGAACACUGAAAGAAAGGGAAAAGAAGGAGAUGAUAGAUGUAUGUUUUUGUUUAUUGAACCAUCCUUUUAUCAUUGACAUAACCAUAACCACUUUGAGAUUUUGUUUCCCUAGCAAAUAUAGUAACGCUGAAAAUGUUGUUUCCACUCACAAAGAGCCUGUGGUUGACUGGAUUCUUGGGUCUCUUGGUGAACUUCUGCCCAACACGGUGGGUGACAUUUCAUGUACAGUGACAGACUGAAAUAAGCAGGUUUUUUGUUAAAUUUUUUUGUUUUUUGUUUUUGUUUAUGAAGUGUGAAACAACCUGUUGCUUCA